GGGUCUCCUAUCUAAGCGUAAGCUCGGCUGUAGUCUCACGCGAAGUUUAUAGUCGGAUAGUGGUGUGUGUGCCCCCAGUCUUCUUUGCUUCUCUCGCUUCUGUUAGCCCUUGCGUCGCUAAAGUCUAUCAGUUGCGUUUGUACGAGAAAUGGAGCUCGAGCAACCGACAACGCAGUCGAAUUCCGACUCAGAAAAAAAGAUCAAGGAGAACAGUAAUGUGACUGGAAAUCAUAGUGAUGCUCAUAUAAAUGGCAUGUCAAAUGGAUUUGACAAAAAAAGAGAACACAAAUCCGAACAUAGGGAUAAGGAUAAAGAACGAUCUCAUAAAUCAGAUCAUAAAGACAAAGAGAGAAGCAAAGAGAAGGAUAAAAAUCAUAAAAGUGAUCACAGGGAAAAGGAAAAAGAUAGACAUAAACAUAGUUCUAGUUCUAUUAAAGAAAAAGAUAAACAUGAUAGUAGCAGUAGUAACAAAGAUAAAGAUAAGGAUAGAAAGAGUAACUCAUCAUCUAGCAAGGAUAAAGAACACAAAAGUAGUAGUUCUUCAAGCAAAGAUAGAGAAAAGGAUAAAAGCAAAGAUAAAGAACAUUAUCACAGGUCUAGCUCUAGUUCAAGUUCCAAGGAUAAAGACAGACAUCACAGUAGUUCCAAGGACAAAGAAAGCAAAGAGAAAGACAAAGAGAAAAGUAAGGAUAAGGAUAAAUCCAAACACAGUAUAAGUUCAAGUUCUCGUGACAAAGAUAAAGACAAAAAUGUCUCUAAGGAUAAAGAAAAGGAGAAAAAACAUUCAUUAGAAAAGGACAAGGAAAGACAUUCCACAUCUCAUGCAAAUGACAAAGAAAAGCAUCGCUCUUCUGAAAAAGACAAAGAUAAACAUAAUUUGUCCAGUAAAGAUAAACAUCGCCAUGAUAAAGAAAAAGAUCGACAUCGUCAUGAGAAAGAAAAAUCAAAACAUAGAGAAGAUAAAGAUAAGAAAGAGAAGGAGAAGGAAGAAAUUAAAGUAAAAGAAGAAGUAAUGGAUAUAAAACCUAAUCACAUAGGAAAUGAAGUAUUUCAGUAUAUUGAUGUUGGCCAAACCUUGAAGCAUGAAGUUAAAGAAGAACCUAUAUCACAAAUUGAACCUGAAGAUGAUGAUGACAGUGGUGGAGAACAACCGUUAUAUAUUAAAGAAGAUGAGGAUGACGAAGAAGCUAUGAAUGAAGAAGAAGGUAGUAUGGAUUCAACUGAUGGAAAUGACACAAGACUUUCAGAUCUUCAUAAUACAACAAUUAAAACUGAAGAAGAAUCGGAUGAAGAUAUGCCAUUGAGUGCAAGGUCCAUGGCUCCUACAAGUGUUAAAAGAAGUUUAGAUUCAGAGGAAGAAGAUGAUGUCCCACUUUCAGCGCGUAAAAAGUCAAAGAAGAAUGAUACAAAAGCAAAGAAGAAAAAGCGAAAAUAUGAAGAUGAUGAAGACGAAGACGAAAUUGAACAAAAACCAAAGAAGAAAGGUGCAAGAGCAUCAAAGGGAGAAAAUUCUAGCCCAAGGAAAAAGAAGCAAGAAGAAGAACAAGAAGUUUGGAAAUGGUGGGAAGAAGAAAAAAAAAAUGAUGGGACAAAAUGGACAUUUUUGGAACAUAAAGGACCAGUAUUUGCACCUCCUUAUGAGCCACUUCCCCCUGAUGUAAAAUUUUAUUACUGUGGGAAAGAAAUGAAAUUAAGUCAAGAUGCAGAAGAAGUUGCGACUUUCUAUGCACGCAUGUUAGAUCACGAUUAUACUACAAAGUCUGCAUUUAAUAAUAACUUCUUCCAUGAUUGGAGAGAAGUGAUGACCGAAUCAGAGAGGGCUAAAAUAAAUGACUUGAGUAAGUGCAAUUUUAAAGAAAUGCAUUCGUAUUUUGUCCAAAAAAGCGAAGAGCGGAAAGCAAUGACAAAAGAAGAAAAGCAGAAAAUAAAAGAAAUGAAUGAACAAAUUCAAAAAGAAUAUGGUUUUUGCAUUAUUGAUGGACAUAAAGAAAAAAUAGGUAAUUUUAAGAUUGAACCGCCUGGUUUAUUCAGAGGUCGUGGUGAACACCCUAAAAUGGGCAAAUUGAAAAGAAGAGUUAUGCCAGAAGAUAUUCUUAUUAAUUGUUCCAAAGAUUCUAAUAUACCAAAGCCACCACCAGGCCAUAAAUGGAAGGAAGUUCGGCACGAUCCUAACGUUACCUGGCUUGCAUCUUGGACAGAGAAUAUUCAAGGACAAGUGAAAUACGUUAUGCUUAAUCCAUCAAGCAAACUUAAAGGAGAAAAAGAUUGGCAGAAAUAUGAGACUGCUAGAAAAUUAGCACAAUUAAUAGAUAAAAUUCGUGCUGAAUAUAGGGAAGAUUGGAAAAGUAAGGAGAUGCGUAUAAGACAAAGAGCUGUUGCAUUAUAUUUUAUAGACAAAUUAGCUCUCAGAGCUGGUAACGAGAAAGAUGAAGAUCAAGCAGAUACUGUAGGUUGUUGUUCUUUACGAGUAGAACACAUUACAUUACAUGAGCAAAAGGAUGGAAAGGAAUAUGUAGUUGUAUUUGACUUCUUAGGUAAAGAUUCUAUAAGGUAUUACAAUGAAGUGCCAGUAGAGAAAAGAGUAUUCAAAAACUUACAACUUUUUAUGGAAAAUAAAUCACCAAGUGAUGAUUUAUUUGAUCGUCUUAAUACAACCGUUAUGAAUAAACAUUUAAAUGAAUUGAUGGAAGGUCUCACUGCUAAGGUCUUUAGGACAUAUAAUGCUUCAUGGACAUUGCAGCAGCAAUUAGAUAAAUUGACAAAUCCUGAUGAUACAGAAGCAGAAAAGAUUUUAUCAUAUAAUAGAGCAAAUCGAGCUGUUGCAAUAUUGUGUAAUCAUCAACGUUCAGUGCCUAAAACACAUGCAAAAUCUAUGGAAAAUCUUAAGGCAAAAAUAGAAGCUAAGAAGCAAGCUAUAAGUGAAGCAGAACAUGCUGUAAAGGAAGCUAAACGUGAUGCAAAACAUGGAUCUGUUAAAGAAAAAGUCGUAUAUGAAAAGAAGAAGAAGGCUCUUGAUAGAUUAAAAGAGCAACUGACAAAAUUGGAGGUUCAAGCAACAGACAAAGAGGAAAAUAAAGAAAUUGCUCUAGGCACCUCCAAGUUGAAUUAUUUGGAUCCUAGAAUUACAGUUGCAUGGUGUAAGAAACAUAAUGUCCCUAUUGAGAAGAUUUAUAAUAAGACUCAGAGGGAUAAGUUCAGAUGGGCAAUAGACAUGGCAGGACCAGAUUAUGUAUUUUAACCCCAUAGAAGAUUGAUUAUUACGAAAAAUAACUCCCACUGAUUGUAUUUAGUGAAAUUUUCGUUAAAAUUAUUGAGGGAAAAAGUAAUGGUAUAAUUUUCUAUAUUUACAAAAAAUAAAUGUGAAAAUGUGAAGACAUAUUUUGUAUAGAACACUACGUUAAAUUUCGGUAAAGACUUUAUAUUCAGUAUGUAAUAAGCACAUACUUGUAAUCUAGAAUUGAUCGCUUAGCAAUCAUCGCGUAAAAAUUUUAGCGGUCGCAUUUGCAUAUAGACGUUUAAUUGAUCUUAUAAAUAUUAGAAACUAAAAUUGAAUAGUUGACGAAAAUUUAAAUUCGUGUUAGGUAGAAAUUUAUAAUAUUUGUGAAUUAAAAAAGCAAAAUUUGUGCAAGUGAUCUAAAUUUAGAGAAUAUAGCUCAGUUACUUCAUUAGAACAAGAAUUUUACAGUCUCUAAAUUUAGAAGUGCACAAUAAACAUUGGUUGCUGCAUUGUACAUAGAACUAUGAAAACUUUGCCAGCCAAGUAAGAAAGAGGUAUGUGUAUUAGAUCUAAAAAAAAUGUGACUGCCGAAUGAGCAGCUAAUUUUUAUAUUCCUUUAAUUUGUCUUUUCUCAUAAGUGUAUAAUGUCAUCAAUGGACAAUUAAUUAAAGUUAGAGUCGCGCGCUCUAUAUGAAUUUUUUAGUAUAAAAUUUAUCAAAUCGAAAUUGUGGUUAGCCAAUUUGAUUGAAAUAUAGCGUCUCGAAUGAUAAUUAUAACAUAUUAAUGUAUUUAAAAAAUAGAUUAUUGCUUUUAGCGAUUUAUGCUUUAUAAAAAAAAUGUUUAGUCUAUAAUAAAUGUGAACACAGUGUAUCUAUAACAUUUUUUUAAUAUUCGUACACAUAAAAACCUUGUGAUCACCAUGAUAUAGAAUAUUGUAAAAAAAAAAAAAUACUUCAAUAUGUUACAAAUUAGUUAUCAUAUUUAUAGCCAUAGUUGAAUUUUGUUUACUGUUUAAUAGCAAGAUACUCAAAUUUAUUGCAAUAUUUUUCAAAAUCCUUUCCUAAUGUAUACCUGUAAAUCAUUUGUACAAGAUAUUCUAAAUUUGAAGAAUGUCUUUGUUUAUAUGACUCAUGGGACUCAAAUUAUACAUUAAUAUUUCAGAGUAUGUGUGUGUGAAACACCUUAUUUUAAUCUGUUAUAAGUAAAUCAUGUUUAGAAUAGAUUAUUCGCUUAUUUAUCUUGGAAUAUGGAUCAGAGACGAGUAAUUUUUUCAGUAGCUUAGGAUAUAUUCACGUUAGUUAGAUUGUAGACUUUAUAAUAAAUAUAUUAUUUCCAUCAUAAAAAUAUUCAUUCAUCUUACUAAAUUGAAUAUUAAUUACUCGUCACUGACAGAAUAUUCCCAUAUCAUUGUGUUGUAUGCAUAUGAACACAUACAAUUUUUUACACUCAUAUAUAAAUAUAUAUAUUUAAGGAAGCUGCAAUUAUAAAAUUAUACAAAUAUGUAAUUAGAAUGGUGGUUCUUUAUAACUUUUGUAUUAAAACAUUAUGUUAAUAACAACCACAAUUGUAAGUUAGUUCAUUUUAUUUAAAACUAUAGAAUGUAUACUAAUACGUUUUAAGAAAUGUCGCAAAGUUAUUAAAGGCCACUAUUCUCAUAAAACUGCCAAUUAUUGUAUCAAGAGUCGCAUAAUUUAAUCGUCUGUUAUGCUACAAACUAGUUUUUGAUAUAUAAGUAAGUUUGGUCAUGUUCUAAUCUCAUUAAUAAUUUAAAAUGAAUGUUUCAUUCAUUUCAAACAUUUUACUGUCUAAAGUAGUAAAUUCUUAUAAUAUUUAUCUUUUUAUAUUAUUGUCUUUUUUCAAAUAUUAAUGAUUAUAAACAUUUCUGAAGAUGAAACUAGUACAGUAUAUCAGACUACAUUAACUUAUACGAUGAUCAAGUAGACUGAAUUUAAGAUAUAUAUGUGCGUAUGUGUCACAUUACUCUUAAUUUACUUUAUUAAAGUCAUUUGCGAUAUAGAAAUUAGUAACUAAUUAACAUGACAUAAUGAAAUACAAUCAGUACAUAGGCCUCUAAUAUCAAAUGUUUUAUGCACAUAACAUCAGAUAUAACAUUUUUAACUUUUACAAGUGAGAAGUAAAAAUACAAUCGAUAUCUAGUACAAUGAAGUGUACACAAAUUGAAGGUGUAUGUAUAUUUCGGACAUUAUCAUUUCUAUACGAUACUGGAAUAAUAAAACUUAUAGUGCAAAAAGAUAAA